GCAUCUCAUCCAUGUAGCAUCUCAGUUACUCUCCAGCUGCCUGAUAACGUAGAGCCACAUCGGUACAGUUAGAGAGAAGGUCUGAGAAGCUGGUACAAUGUCACACUCUGUUGAAAAAAGACCUCUUCACGUCCCGUCAUUGGAGGAGUUGGCACCUAUUUUACAAAAUGCAUUGAAAAUGAAUUUUGCUGAAGUAGAUGUGUGUGUCGUUGAAUGUCCUGACCUAACAAACGAACCAUUUCGUUUGGAAGGAAAAGGGUUGUGUGGGUCGCCGAGGCUGGGGGACGUGGGCGGUGUACCACACCUGGUACCGUUGGCCCACAAGGACAAGGUGUAUGACAUCAAGCAAUUAGCAGCUGAGGUACAUCUUCCGAAUGCCUUUGUGUUGGGAGCGGGCGCAGGUCCACAUACAUUUGUUGGUGUUAACAGCGAGUUGAUGGCGAAUGUGAAGACUGGCGAGAAGGCUUCAAAUGGGUCCCGUAUUUCUAAGAUUGAUUCUUCCGGGAACUACGAACUGGUGAAGUUACCAGAGAGCGAAACUAGAUGUGCUCUCAUGUUGAACAUGUUCGCUAGUGAAGGUCGAGCUGGAAAAGUUCUUCGAAUUUGGGCAAAGAAGCGUACCGGCGAGAAUAAUUUUGUAUCGUGCCUGCGCCAAGCACUGGAAAGUCAUUAUGGUGAGAAGCCCGUUGGGUUGGGAGGAACCUUUCGAUUGGUAGAGGGCAGCGCCUGGUGUCACGUCAUGCCAGACUUCUCCUCAGCUCCCCUCUCUUGUGACAAGGACAUCAAUAAGUGGUUACGUUUCUUCGACAUGCCGGCUCCAAUGGUGUUCUUGUCCACUUUAAUCUCCAAAGAUCCUGGGCUGGACCUCCGACUGGAGCACUCUCACGGAUACGGCAACCAGUGUGGUGGCCACUACCACUACGACACCACUCCAGAUGCAGUAGAAUAUGAGGCAUUUUACAACGUGGCAGAGUUUAUAUACCGUAUUGAUAAGCCUAAAGUGACCCACGACUUCGGUAGAAACUAGUAGCUGUUUGCUAAUCUACAGCAAACUUUAACCUUAUUUGAUUAAAUAAGGAACCGAUGAAGGCCAUCAGUAUGUGCAGCUUAACCUGUAAAAUAAUUUUAUUUCAGUUGUCUUUAAGCAAUAAUUAUUAAGCAAGAAUUGUUAAUGAACUGUGUGACAAUUAAAAGUAAUACUGCAAAGUAUAAGACACGUACAUUGGGGACAUUUUACAUAGGGGAUUAAGGGUAGGUCAUUGUUGCAUAUGCUAUGUUGUUAUUUAUGCUCUGUUACUGGUAUGCCAAUUACUUAUUAAAUUCUUUGAAAUAGG